AACGAAACGAGAGGAUAUCUCAUCUAGAGAUGAAAUCACUUUCCCAACCAAGUCCUUUUUCUUACUGCUGUACAUGUAUGAAACUUGCACGUUUUUUGGGAUUACACGAUGGACACUUGUGAGCAACUUGGUUGUUAACCAUGUCCAUGUAGACAUUGAAUUGAAGCUGGCGCAGCUAGCUAGCAACAAUGGCGGGAGGAGGGGUGAUGCACGUCCUGAACGAAUGGGCGAUCGAGAUCCUGUUGCUGGUCAGCUUCUUCCUCCAGCUCGUCCUCCUCUUCUUCGCCGGGUUCCGCCGCGUGGGCGCCUCCGCCGUGCUGAAGCUGGUGGUCUGGCCGGCGUACCAGCUCGCCGACUUCGUCGCCACGUUCACCAUCGGCCACCUCUCGGUCGGCCACGAGCGGCGGCGGCUGGUGGCGUUCUGGGCGCCGUUCCUGCUGCUCCACCUCGGCGGCCCGGACAACAUCACUGCCUACUCCCUCGCCGACAACCAGCUCUGGAAGCGCCACCUCGUGUUCGGCCUCGUCCCCCAGGCGCUCGGCGCCGCCAACGUCAUCUACCGCUCCUUCGCCGGCACCACCACCACGCUGCUCUCGGCCGCCAUGCUCAUGUUCGCCAUUGGCGUCCUCAAGUACGGCGAGCGGACAUGGGCGCUCAAGUACGCCAACCUCAGCAGCAUCCGGAGCUCCGUCAAUGUCGUCAAGACGCCGCCGGAGCGUCGGGUUCAGUACUACCCUCCGUCGUCGCUGCCUCGGCGUGACGGCGAGGAGGCCGACGAGGAGGAGCUUCUUCUUGUUGCUCACUUCCACUUCCAUAUCUGCAAGCGCGCCAUGGCGGACUCGUCGGUGGAGGUGGACUCCGGCGACUACGACCCCAAGAUUUUCUCCUACGGGUGGAAGGAGAUGUGCCGGGUGGUGGAGAUGGAGCUCUCCCUCAUGUACGACAUCCUCUACACCAAGGCGGCCGUGAUGCACACCUGGUUCGGCUUCGCCAUCCGCGUCGUCUCGCCGCUCGCCGUCGCCGCCGCGCUCGGCCUGUUCCGCCUCGAGGACGACCUCGGCAGCUACCGGCAGAUCGACGUCGACAUCACCUACGCGCUGCUGGUCGCCGCCUUCGUCCUGGAGACGACGUCGCUGUGCCGGGCGGUCGGGUCGACGUGGAUCGCCGCCUUGCUGCAGACCACGCGGUGGGCGUGGCUCCGCCACGAGGCCCUCUGCACCGGCCGGUGGUCCCGCCUCCGCCGUGCCGUCGCGUCGCUCCGGCGGCUCGUCCACCGGGACGGGCACAGGUACUGGUCCGGCACCAUGGGGCAGUUCAACGUGCUCCACUUCUGCACCCGCGACGGCGCGGCGGAGCGGCUCGGCGCGGCGGCGGAGAAGGCCGGGCUCGGGAGCUGGUGGAACAGGCACGUCAACGCCGGCAGCAUCGUCAUCUCCGACGAGGUCAAGGAGCUCGUGUUCGGACACAUCCAGAACAUGUUGAGAGCCGUGGACUCCAUGUCGACCACCGAGCUCGACGCCAUCAGGACAACGAGAGGCCAGCGCGCGCUCCGGCGCCACGGACUUGACGGCGACCUCGCCGCCAGCCUCGGCGAGGAGUUCCACCAAGGCAUCCUCACCUGGCACGUCGCCACGGACAUCUACCUCGCCGUCAGCGGCGGCGACCGAUCUUCUCCAGCCAACGCCGGCGACAGGGCGGCGGCGGCGCGGCAGCUCACGGAGGCGGUCCGCGCGCUGUCCAACUACAUGAUGUUCCUCGUCGCCAUACGCCCCGACAUGCUCCCGGGCCUCGUGCUCCGGAGGCUGUACCAGGUGACAUGCGAAGACAUGGCCAGGAUAUGGCGGGAACGCAAGGACACCCACGAAUCAUCGUCUUCUUCCUCCAGCUGCCGCUUCAUCGACGUCCUAAGCAUGGUCACCAGGCUGUUCCAGCUGCACGUCGACGACCCGACCUCCGCCUCCAGGACGCCGGAGAGGAAGAAGCUGGCGGCGAUGCUACGUGACAACGCCUACAAUGGCGAUCAGAAUGUGAGGAGCCAUGGCGUCUUCGCCGGCGCUCUGCUCGCCGACGAGCUGCUGCUGAAGGAGAAGGAGCGGCGGAUGUCGUCGGACGGCGGCGGCGGGUGGUUGUUGCCGGUGAUCUUCGAGGUGUGGGUGGAGAUGCUGCUGUACGCCGGCAACCGGUGCAGCAGGGAGUCGCAUGCGAAGCAGCUCAACAGUGGGGGUGAGCUCAUCACGCUGGUGUGGCUGUUGGCUGAACACGCUGGGCUGUAUCGUAUAAACAAACCUAAGCAGCAUUUCAAGUGUGCUGAAUAUGCUAGUGAUAUGGUAUAGUUUACUGAGGUAGACUUUGUCUCAUUUUUAUUUUUUUGGGCAUACAAGUCUGCAACACCGGAACAUCCCAAUGGAUGGAUGAUUUCGCGAGUAUAUAUGCAUCCCUCGAGCGGAUAUGCACUCGUUUCGUGCAUGUCA